AAAGAGAGAGGGGGAAAAAACUGAAAUUGAAAACAGACGCACGCGUCCACCCUCCCUGCCCCACCGCCCCCCCCUUCUCCCAGCUGGGCCAAUCAGAAGCCACCCUGCAGCCUUUCCCCCAAAGUGGCGGGGGAAGUGGGGGGGCAUGGAAGCCCACAGUGGUGUGAGCUCCUGAGGCUGCCAGCAGCCAGCAGUGACUGCCCGCCCUAUCUGGGACCCAGGACAGCUCUGUGAGCAACUUGGAGCCAGAGAGGAGAUCAACAAGGAGGAGGAGAGAGCCGGCCCCUCAGCCCUGCUGCCCAGCAGCAGCCUGCGCUCGCCCUGCCCAACGCAGACAGCCAGACCCAGGGCGGCCCCUCUGGCGGCUCUGCUCCUCCCGAAGGAUGCUUGGGGAGUGAGGCGAAGCUGGGCCGCUCCUCUCCCCUGCAGCAGCCCCCUUCCUCCAUCCGUCUGUUCUCCUGAGCCUUCAGGAACCUGCACCGGUCCUGCCUCUCCUUCUACCUAGCUGUUACCCACUCUGGGACCAGCAGUCUUUCUGAUAACGGGGAGAGGGCAGUAAGGAGGACUUCCUGGAGGGGGUGACUGUCCAGAGCCUGGAACUGUGCCCACACCAGAAGCCAUCGGCAGCAAGGACACCAUGCGGCUUCUGGGUGCGAUGCCAGCUCUGGCCCUCAAAGGCCAGCUGCUGUUGCUGCCCCUCCUGUUACUGCUGGAACCACAGGUCUCUCAGGGCCUGGUCAUCACACCCCCAGGGCCAGAGCUUGUCCUCAAUGUCUCCAGCACCUUCGUUCUGACCUGCUCGGGUUCAGCUCCGGUGGUGUGGGAACGGAUGUCCCAGGAGCCCCCACAGGAAAUGGCCAAGGCCCAGGAUGGCACCUUCUCCAGCGUGCUGACACUGACCAACCUCACUGGGCUAGACACGGGAGAAUACUUUUGCACCCACAAUGACUCCCGUGGACUGGAGCCCGAUGAGCGGAAACGGCUCUACAUCUUUGUGCCAGAUCCCACUAUGGGCUUCCUCCCUAAUGAUGCCGAGGAACUAUUCAUCUUUCUCACGGAAAUAACUGAGAUCACCAUUCCAUGCCGAGUAACAGACCCACAGCUGGUGGUGACACUGCACGAGAAGAAAGGGGACAUUGCACUGCCUGUCCCCUAUGAUCACCAACGUGGCUUUUCUGGUAUCUUUGAGGACAGAAGCUACAUCUGCAAAACCACCAUUGGGGACAGGGAGGUGGAUUCCGAUGCCUACUAUGUCUACAGACUCCAGGUGUCAUCUAUCAACGUCUCUGUGAACGCAGUGCAGACUGUGGUCCGCCAGGGUGAGAACAUCACCCUCAUGUGCAUUGUGAUCGGGAAUGAGGUGGUCAACUUCGAGUGGACAUACCCCCGCAAAGAAAGUGGGCGGCUGGUGGAGCCGGUGACCGACUUCCUCUUGGAUAUGCCUUACCACAUCCGCUCCAUCCUGCACAUCCCCAGUGCCGAGUUAGAAGACUCGGGGACCUACACCUGCAAUGUGACGGAGAGUGUGAAUGACCAUCAGGAUGAAAAGGCCAUCAACAUCACCGUGGUUGAGAGCGGCUACGUGCGGCUCCUGGGAGAAGUGGGCACACUGCAAUUUGCUGAGCUGCAUCGGAGCCGGACACUGCAGGUAGUAUUCGAGGCCUACCCACCGCCCACCGUCCUGUGGUUUAAAGACAACCGCACCCUGGGCGACUCCAGCGCUGGCGAGAUCGCCCUGUCCACGCGCAACGUGUCGGAGACCCGGUAUGUGUCAGAGCUGACACUGGUUCGCGUGAAGGUGGCAGAGGCUGGCCACUACACCAUGCGGGCCUUCCAUGAGGACGCUGAGGUCCAGCUCUCCUUCCAGCUACAGAUCAAUGUCCCUGUCCGAGUGCUGGAGCUAAGUGAGAGCCACCCUGACAGCGGGGAACAGACAGUCCGCUGUCGUGGCCGGGGCAUGCCCCAGCCGAACAUCAUCUGGUCCGCCUGCAGAGACCUCAAAAGGUGUCCACGCGAGCUGCCGCCCACGCUGCUGGGGAACAGUUCCGAAGAGGAGAGCCAGCUGGAGACGAACGUGACGUACUGGGAGGAGGAGCAGGAGUUUGAGGUGGUGAGCACACUGCGUCUGCAGCACGUGGAUCGGCCGCUGUCGGUGCGCUGCACGCUGCGCAACGCUGUGGGCCAGGACACGCAGGAGGUCAUCGUGGUGCCACACUCCUUGCCCUUUAAGGUGGUGGUGAUCUCAGCCAUCCUGGCCCUGGUGGUGCUCACCAUCAUCUCCCUUAUCAUCCUCAUCAUGCUUUGGCAGAAGAAGCCACGUUACGAGAUCCGAUGGAAGGUGAUUGAGUCUGUGAGCUCUGACGGCCAUGAGUACAUCUACGUGGACCCCAUGCAGCUGCCCUAUGACUCCACGUGGGAGCUGCCGCGGGACCAGCUUGUGCUGGGACGCACCCUCGGCUCUGGGGCCUUUGGGCAGGUGGUGGAGGCCACGGCUCAUGGCCUGAGCCAUUCUCAGGCCACGAUGAAAGUGGCCGUCAAGAUGCUUAAAUCCACAGCCCGCAGCAGUGAGAAGCAAGCCCUUAUGUCGGAGCUGAAGAUCAUGAGUCACCUUGGGCCCCACCUGAACGUGGUCAACCUGUUGGGGGCCUGCACCAAAGGAGGACCCAUCUAUAUCAUCACUGAGUACUGCCGCUACGGAGACCUGGUGGACUACCUGCACCGCAACAAACACACCUUCCUGCAGCACCACUCUGACAAGCGCCGCCCGCCCAGCGCGGAGCUCUACAGCAAUGCACUGCCCGUUGGGCUCCCCCUGCCCAGCCAUGUGUCCUUGACUGGGGAGAGCGACGGUGGCUACAUGGACAUGAGCAAGGACGAGUCGGUGGACUACGUACCCAUGCUGGACAUGAAAGGAGACGUCAAAUAUGCAGACAUCGAGUCCUCCAAUUACAUGGCCCCUUACGAUAACUACGUUCCCUCUGCCCCUGAGAGGACCUGUCGGGCAACUUUGAUCAACGAGUCUCCAGUGCUAAGCUACAUGGACCUCGUGGGCUUCAGCUACCAGGUGGCCAAUGGCAUGGAGUUUCUGGCCUCCAAGAACUGUGUCCACAGAGACCUGGCGGCUAGGAACGUGCUCAUCUGUGAAGGCAAGCUGGUCAAGAUCUGUGACUUUGGCCUGGCUCGAGACAUCAUGCGGGACUCGAAUUACAUCUCCAAAGGCAGCACCUUUUUGCCUUUGAAGUGGAUGGCUCCGGAGAGCAUCUUCAACAGCCUCUACACCACCCUGAGCGACGUGUGGUCCUUCGGGAUCCUGCUCUGGGAGAUCUUCACCUUGGGUGGCACCCCUUACCCAGAGCUGCCCAUGAAUGAACAGUUCUACAAUGCCAUCAAACGGGGUUACCGCAUGGCCCAGCCUGCCCAUGCCUCCGAUGAGAUCUAUGAGAUCAUGCAGAAGUGCUGGGAAGAGAAGUUUGAGAUUCGGCCCCCCUUCUCCCAGCUGGUGCUGCUUCUCGAGAGACUGUUGGGCGAAGGUUACAAAAAGAAGUACCAGCAGGUGGAUGAGGAGUUUCUGAGGAGUGACCACCCAGCCAUCCUUCGGUCCCAGGCCCGCUUGCCCGGGUUCCAUGGCCUCCGAUCUCCCCUGGACACCAGCUCCGUCCUCUAUACUGCCGUGCAGCCCAAUGAGGGUGACAACGACUAUAUCAUCCCCCUGCCUGACCCCAAACCCGAGGUUGCUGACGAGGGCCCACUGGAGGGUUCCCCCAGCCUAGCCAGCUCCACCCUGAAUGAAGUCAACACCUCCUCAACCAUCUCCUGUGACAGCCCCCUGGAGCCCCAGGAUGAACCAGAGCCAGAGCCCCAGCUUGAGCUCCAGGUGGAGCCAGAGCCGGAGCUGGAACAGCUGCCGGAUUCAGGGUGCCCUGCGCCUCGGGUGGAAGCAGAGGACAGCUUCCUGUAGGGGGCUGGCCCCUACCCUGCCCUGCCCGAAGCUCCCCCUCUGCCAGCACCCAGCAUCUCCUGGCCUGGCCUGGCCGGGCUUCCUGUCAGCCAGGCUGCCCUUAUCAGCUGUCCCCUUCUGGAAGCUUUCUGCUCCUGACUUGUUGUGCCCCAAACCCUGGGGCUGGCUUAGGAGGCAAGAAAACUGCAGGGGCCAUGACCAGUCCUCUGCCUCCAGGGAGGCCAACUGACUCUGAGCCAGGGUUCCCCCCAGGGAACUCAGUUUUCCCAUGUGUAAGAUGGGAAAGUUGGGCUUGAUGACCCAGAAUCUAGGAUUCUCUCCCUGGCUGUCAGGUGGGGAGGCUGAAUCCCUCCCUGGGAAGAUUCUUGGAGUUAUUGAGGUGGUAAAUUAACUUUUUUCUGUUCAGCCAGCUACCCCUCAAGGAAUCAUAGCUCUCUCCUCGCACUUUUAUCCACCCAGGAGCUAGGGAAGAGACCCUAGCAUCCCUGGCUGCUGGCUGAGCUAGGACCUAGCCUUGGGCAGUGUUGCCUCAUCCAGAAGAAAGCCAGUCUCCUCCCUAUGAUGCCAGUCCCUGCUUUCCCUGGCCCGAGCUGGUCUGGGGCCACUAGGCAGCCUAAUUAAUGCUGGAGGCUGAGCCAAGUACAGGACACCCCCAGCCUGCAGCCCUUGCCCAGGGUACUUGGAGCACACGUGGCCAUAGCAAGUGCCCGUGUCCCUGUACUUCAGGCUCAUCAGUCCUGGGGCUUUUUCUUUAUCACCCUCAGUCUUAAUCCAUCCACCAGAGUCUGGAAGGCCAGACGGGCCCUGCAUCUGUGAUGAGAAUGUAAAUGUGCCAGUGUGGAGUGGCCACAUGUGUGUGCCAGUAUAUGGCCCUGGCUCUGCGUUGGACCUGCUAUGAGGCUUUGGAGGAAUCCCUCACCCUCUCUGGGCCUCAGUUUUCCCCUUCAAAAAGUGAACAAGUCGGACUUAUUAACUCCCAGUGCCUUGCCAGCACUAACAUUCUAGAAUAUUCCAGGUGGUUGCACAUUUGUCCAGAUGAAGCAAGGCCAUAUAUCCUAAACUUCCAUCCUGGGGGUCAGCUGGGCUCCUGGGAGAUUCCAGAUCACACAUCACUCUCUGGGGACUCAGGAACCACGCCCCUUCCCCAGGCCCCCAGCAAGUCUCAAGAACGCAGCUGCCCAGGCCUUGACUUAGAGUGACAGCCGGUGUGCUGGAAAGCCCCCAGCAGCUGCCCCAGGGACAUGGGAAGACCACGGGACCUCUUUCACUACCCACGAUGACCUCUGGGGGUAUCCUGGGCAAAAGGGACAAAGAGGGCAAAUGAGAUCACCUCCUGCAGCCCAGCACUCCAGCACCUGCACCGAGGUCUGCGUCGAAGACAGAAUGGACAGUGAGGACAGUUAUGUCUUGUAAAAGACAAGAAGCUUCAGAUGGGUACCCCAAGAAGGAUAUGAGAGGUGGGCGCUUUGGAGGUUUGCUCCUCACCCACCAGCUGCCCCAUCCCUGAGGCAGCGCUCCAUGGGGGUAUGGUUUUGUCACUGCCCAGACCUAGGAGUGACAUCUCAUUGUCCCUAGCCCAGUGGGCAUUGGAGGUGCCAGGGGAGUCAAGGUUGUAGCCAAGACGCCCCAGCACGGGGAGGGUUGGGAAGGGGGUGCAGGAAGCUCAACCCUUCUGGGCACCAGCCCUGCAUUGCAGGUUGGCACCUUACUUCCCUGGGAUCCCCAGAGUUGGUCCAAGGAGGGAGAGUGGGCUCUCAAUACGGUACCAAAGAUAUAAUCACCUAGGUUUACAAAUAUUUUUAGGACUCACGUUAACUCACAUUUAUACAGCAGAAGUGCUAUUUUGUAUGCUGUUAAGUUUUUCUAUCUGUGUACUUUUUUUUAAGGGAAAGAUUUUAAUAUUAAACCUGGUGCUUCUCACUCACA